GGUGUUUGUUCUUUUUGACCUUGGGCUCCCCAUGUUUCCAUCUUCACCGGACCGCCCUACCUAUGGCGAGCCACUGGGCGGUGCCCGACCGUGCCCGGGUCCCUGGCGCCCGGGUCCGGCGCGCCCGGGUGCGGCGCGCCCGGUGUUUGGCACGCCGGUUGCUCCCAUCUACUACUCUGCUGGGGCGGUCGCUUACAUGCCACACCUGCCACCUGGGAUGAGUGUUCCAAAAGUUGCUGCUGUUCCUUCCAGGGUGGUCCGACACGGUCCCACCAGCGCCUUUUCUGCCGCAACGGCUGCAGCUGCGGGUGCCCGACCAGGUCCUGCCCGCGAAGAGACACAAACACCAGAGACACAGCCGAGCGAGACCUCAGAGGACACACGACAGAGCGAGACUUCAUCCCAAAGGCGUGUGGAAAGCCCGAACACCGAGAACACCGGUCCUUCCUCUCCAUCUCAGCUUGAAGAGCCGGCAGAACUGCGCCCCGUUCCGCAGAUGUUCUCCCUUUGCACGCGUCCCGCGCCUGCGGGCUCGAUGGCGGUUGGACCGGACCCUGAGCCAGCUGAAGAAGUGCCAGGCGCCGCGCCCGACACCAAAGCUGCACGUUUGCGCGACCAGUCGGCCCUGGCCAUUUUGUUUGAAGCCUUCGUGGCGGAGAAGGAUGACUCGCACCUGCAGCGCGGCAUUGAAGCAGACGUCACGAUGGUGGAGCUCAUGGCAGGAAAGGGCCCAGAAGACAAAGGGGAGGCGGAGUGGCCCGUGUGGACCGAUACCUGGAACGACGACGCCACGCGCGGUGGUGCUGUGGCCUUCAUUCCCAAAAGUGCUGGUGCUAACUCGCCAUGCAUAUUCUUCGUCCAUGGCGGUGGCUUCGAGUGGGGCGGCCCACGGGAGGAUGGCUAUGACUCCUUGUGCUCCAGACUGGCGAGUGGAUCAGGGCAGAUCGUGGUGUGCUGCGACCAUCCGCUUUCAGGGGAUCGGAGGCCCUACAAGGCACCCGAGAUCCUCGCUGCGCUGAUGAAAGGACUCCGCUGGGUGAGCCGUUUCGAUCCCGUCGCCCUCGAGCGGCGUACGGCACCGGCCUCGCUGCUACUGGCCGGCGAUUCGGCCGGCGCCAACCAGGCCUUGUCCUUGCUGCUGCAAAUCCUCUCGGACGAUUCGCUGGAGCGCGAGCUAAAUAUCAGGGGGCUUGCCUUGAUCUCUCCUUGGUUGGACCUCUCCUGCGGUAGCCACACCUAUGUGAGCAACGCCUUCGCCGCGGAGGCGCACACCGGCGACGUGGCGUUCCGGGCGCACGCGGACGAGAACCGCGCCGGCUUCAAGGGGAUGGGCUUGACCUAUACUGGCUCCGUGGAGUUUUUGAAGGAUGGACUCUACAGUCCCUACUGGUUGGCGCGCGGAGCCAACUCGGGGCUCUUGCAACGCCUGACCGAGGGCACCUCGAAGCCGCCUCCGAUGUGGAUCUGCACCGGUGCGGCGGAGACGUUGUGCGGGGAGACCUUGGAUUUCUGUCAGCAGCUCCAGGGGAAGGUGCCGAUGGACCUGUGGCUUCACGAAGGGAUGUUUCAUGACUGGGUGAUGUUUCGGAUCGAGGUUCCUUCCAGCGUUUCGGGUGGUACACCACGGAUCAUCCCUUUCCCAGCAAGGAUGCUGCGAUGCAAAAUCUGAUGGAUUUCUUGGAAGACGUCCGACAAGGAUCGUGGACACCUAAAGGAAUUCAAUAUCAUAUUGAUAGAUGGAAAUAGAUCUUGAAAUACAAAUCAUCACAA